CACUAAUAAAAAAUUUUGUCACACUGCAGACAGCAAUUUUUCAAAUCUAUUAGUUUAUACAUACCUACAUACGAAUGAAUGAUGACGAAACUACAGUAGAUAUAACUAGAGAAUAUUUGAUAAGAAUUCUUCCUUUAUUUCAUUAUUCAUCUGCAUUGAAAUAUUUAAAUAGGAUAAAAAGAAGAUGUUCAUUUUGAAAAACAGCAGGCACAUUUUGCUAUUGAUGUUGGUUCAAAGUUUUGAAUUCAUACAGACUAAACAAUGCAACAUUCCAGACGAUAAUGAAGAUAUUGACUGGAAUAAUUUUCCUGAAGCCUGGUUCGAAGUUCUCCACACAUUUGACCCAGUAAUGGAUAAAGAUGUAUUUGGUGCAAAACUACACAAUUUUACUAAAACAAGCACAGGAAUGAACAUGAUCGUCACAGAACUACACAAGAAUUUUCCUCCACAAACUUAUGCAGUUCACUAUACAAAGAAGAAAGCAGGUAUCUACAGAUUGGCACAGAACGAUGAACCAGCUCUCGAAGCAUCACAUACUUUAACUCCAGAGGGUGAAAGAAGUGAAGAUGCAGCGAAAAUAGAUGAUGCUCUGUUAAAUGGUAAUCUUUUGAUUUCAAGUGAUGAGGAGAACUAUAUAAUUUAUGCAUUCUGCAGUUAUUCAGAUGAAUGGGUUGUCUGGGUGGUUUUCCCAUCUAUGAAUCCAACAAUUCAGCAACUGACUCUGAUGUGGAACAAACUCAUGGAAAGUGGAAUCAAUGUACAACUUCACCUUUACGAAUCAGUUGAACAUCCAGAGAAAUAUAUGGGUUUUGAUAGAUGAAAAUCCUAUAAAAACUGCAGAUAUAAUUAUGUGUAUCAUGAAUUCAUCUACUACAUUAACUUAUAUAAUCAGCAAUGUUAUUUUAAUUUUAUCCCUAUAUAUUUGCCUGUUAAUUCAUAAAUACAAAUUUUUUAUGUAAAACAAAUUCAUUUCAGACAAUCAUCCACAGUAAAUUCAAAAAAUAACUACUGUUCAUUAACAAUUAAUUUAUUAACGGUAAAAAUUGCAAUAAAAAAAAAUAUA